AUGGGCUUCGCAGGGAAGCCCUCGCAAGCCUGUGAGCCAUGUCGCCUCAAGAGGAGAAAGUGUGACCAGAAGAAACCUCAAUGCUCUCCUUGUAUACGUAUGGACAUUGCCAGCUGUGAAUAUCGGAGCCUUCGAGUCCUCAAAAUCAAGGACGAGACACUCAAAGUAAAAGAAAAGGCAAACCAACGCAAUCAAGGUCUCGGAAAUCAGUCCGAAAGGCAAUUAAAGGAAAUGCGUCCAAUACGCCAUGUGGUUGAGCCCAUCCCGGAAAAUAUCCCAUUACCACUUGAGGCCACCGCUUUAGGAUACUUCUUUUCCAUCUUUUCACGCUCAGGAACUUUCGCUUAUUUGCCUGAGUAUUCGUCUUCCUUGGUAAAGGAUGGCAAGAUCACACAAGCCCUGUCUCGACAAUACUAUGCCAGAUCAUUAGUCCAAACGAACCAGCUACUCAGCCAGCCUGAAACGGUUGUUCUCGAUAGUACACUACUUUGCGUACUUCUGCUAUCAGCAUUUGAGGCCCUCUGUUUCCAUAAUGGCGGUGAUCCCGAAAAUUGGAAUGCUCACAUUCGGGGAUCUUCUCAGCUUCUCUUGUUAAGAAGCAAGACGCAGUUCCAAAGUCCCUUCGGGCGUUUGUUAUUUCAUCAUGCCGGGGUGAACGUACUGAUCGAUUCUGUCGUUCAUCAGACUUCAGUAUCCCUUGAACUUAAUCGGCUUUUUGAGUAUGCCACAUCUUCUUCUUCAUUGCUUGAUUCUGUCAGCAAAAGUAUAAUGUUUCUUCUUUGGCGCAUGGCUGUGAUAUCUCCGAACAUGAAGAAUAUGACAGCCAAUGAAGUGCUCAAGGAAACCCUCGAGUUACAUGACCAGUUGAUAUUUUCUGCCCUGAAACGAGGAUCUGGUAUAGAGAGUUCCUGUCAAUAUCCUAAUACUGACUGCAUCAUUCCCGAAGCAAGAGAUUUCACGAUGGAGAAAGUACUUGUCGAGAGCGCAGGGCUGGUCAGAGAUAUACUAGCCAGCGUUCCGUACUAUCUGGACCUACUCGAAUCGCAAAACAGCAUAGAGGCACGGUACCUCAUUUGGCCAUUGACAAGCAUCGUUAGUCUCGACAGGUGGCAAAGAUGCUUGAUCAACGAGAUCACAUACAGAAUUGGUGAGGAGCUACCAGUCUCACAAGGGUUGUCCGUGCAAGAUUUGGCUAAUUUUGCCAGAAAAGGCUUGACUAGUGUUGCCAACAAUGACGGAGAAGCCAAGUCCGUGAACAUCGGAGGCGCUGUCCGGCACGUUUUUAAGGACAAACUCAGAUAUCAACUCGUUCUUGCCCGAAGUCGCCUUCUCGAUGGUGCUGUUGAACUCGAAUAA